AUGGACAAGAACCAGAUGUUUAACCAAGCAAAGCCAUAUUUAGCUGUAAUUUUCUUGCAGUUUGGCUAUGCUGGUACAUCUAUAGUGGCAAAGUUUGCUCUAAACCAAGGAAUGAGCCAUUAUACUUUUGCUGUCUAUCGGAAUGUCAUAGCCGCUGUUGUCUUUGCUCCUUUUGCUAUGGUCUUAGAAAGGCCAGUUAUCGACCAGAACCUGUACUAUACAGGGAUGAAGUAUACUACAGCAACUUUUGCAGCAGCAAUGACCAAUAUUCUUCCCGCUAUAACUUUUUUAAUGGCUUGGAUCCUCAGGCUCGAGCAGAUGAAUAUCAAGACAGUACACAGCCAGGCGAAAAUAGUAGGGACUCUGGUGACUGUCGGAGGAGCAAUGAUUAUGGCGGGAAUUAUUGCUUCAGGAGUAAGUUAUUAUGUGUCGGGACUAAUAAUAAAGGUGAAAGGACCAGUUUUUGUCACAUUGUUUAAUCCUCUAUGCAUGGUUAUCGUAGCAGUUAUGGGCUCCUUCAUUUUAGCCGAGCAAAUGGACUUGGGAAGGGUUCUUGGAGCUGUCACCAUAGUUGUUGGUCUAUACACUGUCAUAUGGGGAAAGAGCAAGGAUCAAAGUAUAUCCAAGUCACACGGUGAUCAGAUAAAACCUAUUGACAAACAAAUCAAUACAAUAAAUGGUGGCGUGAAGACUGCAAAUCAUGAAAUUCUUGAUGUUUCAGGAGCAAUACAUCCCCAUGAAGCUGGAAUCAUAAAGAGCCGCAAAGCUUUCCCUGAUAGCAGACAUAGGCAUUAUCUUGCGCAAGCUCUACUCUCUAAUUUCUCGAUGGUAAAUCUAGUGCUUCCUGACAGGGCAUGCAACUGCAUUCCUGGCCUCAAAUCCACCUUGUUUCCCAGAGUGGAAAUGUCAUUGAUAUCGGAUUAUGUUAACUGGAAGUAA